AUCGUUCGGACUCCACACUCGCUAUCAUAUUACGAUACCAUCGUACUAUCACCAUCAUACACUCAGGUAUACACUACCAGGAACGAAUUUAUCGGAAAUCUACGUCUUCAAUUCGAAGUUCGCAUCUAGUCUCAUCUAAUCUCAUCAUUUGCAUGAUCGUUAUGGCCUAUGUCGAUACAUAUUUAUAGUCGCUGGAUUUAGGUAAAAAGAAAAUUUGAAAAAUCAUCGGAAUUUUUCGUGAGAUUAUCCCCAGGGUUGAGGGCCAAGCCGGAGGCAGAGGAUGUCAUCUUCGGAGUCUUCAUCGUCACCCCCACCGCAAAGGACGCCAUUACAAGAAAGGUCUGAGUCGGAAAACAAUAAACUGCAAAUUCGCAUCGUCCCUUACUCCCCUCCGAGGCCGAGUGAGAGCCAAGGCACGGCGAGCACGUCACAUGCGCCGGAACCAGAUGCUCGGGAAGAUGAUGCGCAGACCGCGGCAAAAGAUCCCACGACACCUAAAGCAACCAGAGCUAGAGCUAGGAGUUACAAUACAGGAAACUAUGGCGCUGAUUACUCGCCCUCACCAUCGUUUACGACACCUGGAUCACCUUUGUCGAGGGUUAAGGGAAAAGGCGUUUCAGGGACGAAACCCGUACCUCAGCCGGCUGAUGCCCCACAGCCCCCUGUCCUUAAAAGGCCGAAUUAUGGGAGCAAUAUCGGACGAACUAAUGCUCAACAGCCAUCGCCAGCACAUAACGAUGACGAAGCAAUUUCGCCAACGUGUAAGCGUCCUAGAUCCCGAAGAGGCACUUUUAUCAGUGUCCAUUCCGACAAGACUUUCUCAAUUGUGUUGAAGCCUACGCGCACUCACAAUUCCGACACGUCGGGGUCCAUUUCCGCACCCUUCUCCAAUACGUCUACCGUUACUUCGCAUGAAGAAAGCUCAUUUGACGCAUCGACGGAUGAUCGACACGGGUCUCCAUUAAGUUCGGUAGCCGAGCGUAGUACUUCAUCCUACUCAACUUCUUAUUCCCCCGCGACGGUCACAGGUUUACCCGAAGAACAGAUCGAAUCGCCUUCACCUUCGCCUUCACCUUGGAAUUACCGCAUGGUCGGUGGUUUACGCAAGGUCCCCGAUUUAAAGGGCAAAGGAAAGGAAAAGCAGCUUGCCGAGUCUCCUCUUCCGCCUUUACCAGAGGCGGUGGUUACACCACCAGAGCCAUCUUCUCCUCUCGCGACGAAACAAUCAUUUAAUUCUCAACAAAGUGACUUAUCCAAAUCUACCAACUCUACCAACUCCAACUCAACCAUCGAAGAGACAACGAAUUACAAAAUAAUAGGUCGCAGUUCUCCGCCGCUGCCGGAUUCGCAAAGCAUUGACGUACCUACUUCGUCAAGCAGCCCCAAUUACAAAGUCCUGGGACGAUCGUCACCAGUCCACACGCUUGCCUCUUCCACCGCUCCGGGGUUCGCUGAUACGCCAGGAAGCAAGAAUUACAUCGUUUACGGCGACACCUCUACGAUUUCCUCGGCAGAUGCUCAUUUCCGAGGGCACCAGUACCAUUCCUCCGACGAAAGCUCAGUGCCACGAUUACGGACAAAGUACUCUCAGGAAAGCCUUGUUGUGCCUCCGCUUAGGCCACACAAGAGAUCAUCAUCGGAGAACUUAGGUUACAACAAGAAGCAGUCAGGGGAUAGCCUUCGAGGUCGAGCCAAUUCAUUCUCAUCCCUUUCGAGCUUGGUGAGUCAAGACGCUCCCUCGAUCUUCGGCGGCUCCACACCGAACGUGGUUCUUCUUGCACAUACGCCUUCCAUUUCGUCUAUCCCCAGGUCUACAUGGGCAGGACUACCGAGUGCCACACAGCCAAGGACCAGGAUGGAUAUUCACCAGUGGAGCUCACAGCUUUCAACAGUGAUGUCUGAAUACGAGGGUAGUGAUCCUGGCUCACGUCUGGCCUCUGCCAUUUCGAAUCCGGAGCAUCGAGUAAGCAGUGCUUUCGGAAGCAGGGACAGCAGGCAAAUGCGAAGUAUUUCGUCAUCUCUAGGAUUAGAGGCGUUGGAGACACGAGGUUCACACUCAAGAUCGAAUUCCCGCAGCGAUUCUCUGAGCCGUCCAUCGCCCGCAUUUGUGAGAGGUGGGAGAGAAUUCCCUCUUCCCUCGCCACGUGCCAUUCGAGACCACGACGAACAUGGCGACGGAUUAGCAGAUCUGCAACACAGGCCGUCUCGAACUCGUCUAGGCUUUUCUAGACAAGCAUCAGACCGCAGCCUCCGCUCUUCCGCAAGCUCCCGGAGUUUAACAUCAGCUUCCAUCCCGAGUUGGGCAAGACUUUAUUAUGGUAGCGGGGAGAGACGAUGGCUAGCGACAUCUGGAUCUAUUCGAUCUGUAUCCGAAGCUGGUGAUAGCCGCCCUGCAAGCCCCUGGGUUGGACGUCGUAGAUCUCCAUCACAAGAUCAGUUCACUAAUCCGAUCUACAACCCACGUCGGCGGCCGAAAGAUACGGAUCCACAAGCUGAACGUCCUGAUUCCAUGGAGAUUGGGCCAGCCCUUGAGUCGGGCGAAAUUCGACUAGCCCCGAGGAAAAUGACUUCCAGCAUCUGGUCUCCUCAUCUACGCCUGGAUACACGAGCAAGCCGGUUCAGUGUAUGGAAUGCACCGUCUGUCACAUGGUCUGCUGACAGUGGCGUGUUUGGGAAGCGCAACAUUCAAGUAAUCCUAUUUCUAGUGGGAUUUUUUAUUCCCUUUUCCUGGAUGAUUGCGGCCUUCCUACCACUACCCCCAAGGCCGACCCUUGCCAUGGACGAACGAGAUCAAAGCACGAGAGAGUUUCAUGACUCAGAUCAAGAAUACUCACAUCCCCCACGGCGGCGCCACAUUCUUGUCGAUGAAUCACGAUACCAGAGUGCACGAUGGUGGAGAAACGUCAAUCGUUUCAUGUCCGUUGCCGGACUCCUGAUCCUCGGCGCAGUUGCUGCCCUCGUUGUCAUUGGCGUUCGACAAAAUUGGGCUCAACGAUGAUGACGAAAAUGGCGAUUUACGACAUCUACAUCUAUUUACAUCUAUUUGCACACAUUUAUACGCAUUUACACGCACAACUCGAAGUUACGACCGAUAUAUUUUCCAUCUAUUCCCUUCUACAUGACGAUCCAU